UCCUCAGGGGCCAGAGAACAGAAAGAAAACCCAAGUGCGCGUGAGCGAGGGGUGAAGCCAGGAGUGCCACAUCGGCCUGGAGGCCCCUCUUCAGGAGGAGCCCGAAAUUUGAAGACUUUAUUUCCCUCCGGAGACUCCAAACCCAAUAAAUAGAAAAGUACUGUCCAAGAUGACUGUCACUUACUCCAGUAAAGUAGCAAAUGCGACUUUUUUUGGAUUUCAUAGGUUACUCCUCAAAUGGAGAGGCAGCAUCUACAAACUGCUGUACAGGGAAUUUAUUGUUUUUGCUGUUCUUUACACAGCAAUAAGUUUGGUGUACAGAUUGUUACUUACAGGAGCCCAAAAACGUUACUUUGAAAAAUUAUCAAUUUACUGUGACAGAUAUGCUGAACAAAUUCCAGUAACCUUUGUGCUUGGGUUUUAUGUUACUCUGGUCGUGAACCGGUGGUGGAACCAAUUUGUGAAUCUUCCCUGGCCAGACAGGCUGAUGUUCCUCAUCUCCAGCAGUGUCCACGGGAGGGACGAGCAUGGGCGCCUGCUCAGAAGGACAUUGAUGCGCUAUGUCAACCUCACAUCUCUGCUCAUCUUCCGCUCAGUGAGCACGGCUGUGUAUAAAAGAUUUCCAACCAUGGACCAUGUGGUUGAAGCAGGUUUUAUGACAGCAGAUGAAAGAAAAUUAUUCAACCACCUCAAAUCUCCUCACCUGAAAUACUGGGUCCCAUUCAUCUGGUUUGGAAAUCUCGCAGCUAAGGCCCGAAAGGAAGGCAGAAUCAGAGACAGCGUAGAUCUGCAAUCAUUGAUGACUGAAAUGAACCGAUACCGCUCUUGGUGCAGCCUUUUAUUUGGCUAUGACUGGGUUGGGAUUCCGCUGGUUUACACCCAGGUUGUCACCUUGGCCGUCUACACCUUCUUCUUUGCAUGCUUGAUUGGACGCCAGUUCUUGGAUCCCACCCAAGGCUAUGCAGAGCAUGACUUAGAUCUCUACAUUCCAAUCUUUACUCUCCUGCAAUUCUUCUUCUAUGCAGGAUGGCUCAAGGUAGCUGAGCAGCUUAUCAACCCUUUCGGAGAAGAUGAUGAUGAUUUUGAAACUAACUGGUGCAUUGACAGAAAUUUGCAGGUCUCUCUUUUGGCUGUGGAUGAAAUGCACAUGAGCUUACCCAAGAUGAAGAAGGACAUUUACUGGGAUGAUUCUGCUGCUCGACCCCCAUAUACUCUGGCAGCUGCUGACUACUGCAUACCCUCAUUUCUGGGCUCAACAGUCCAAAUGGGGCUGUCUGGGUCUGACUUUCCCGGCGAGGAGUGGCUGUGCGACUAUGAGAAGCACGGCCAUCGCCACUCCGUGAUAGGAAGGGUCAAGAGGUUCCUGAGCGUCCACGAACAGACCCCCAUGCCCAGGAGGAGAAGCUACGGGAGGCAGGCCAGUGACAGCUCCAUGUUCUUUCCCCCAAGUGACCUCAGCGCCGCCCAGGAUCUGCUGGACGUGCCCUGCAGAAGCCCCCACCGUGCCGCAGCCACGCGGAAGCAGUUCUCCUCCCCAGAGGGGAGCCCCAAGCAAUACUGCAGCCUGGGCGAGCUGUCCACGAUCAGGGAGGCCAGCCGGACCAGCACUUUACAGAGCCUGACCCCGCAGUCCAGCGUGAGGGCCUCCCUCUCCAAAAUGCCGCAGGUCCCCGAGGUCCUCAUCACAGCGGCGGAAGCCGCAGAGCCCAUAUCUCAUGGCUCCACUGCCUCCGUCCAGAGCUCCGAGUUCACUGGGGUUCAGCCAAGCGGUCCUGGGCAGCAGGAGGACCCGGGGGGACCCAUCCUGUUCCCCUCAGAAAAAGGGACACCUCCUAGGGAGAGCAGUCCCCAGGGUGUUCCAGCCAAAGCUGAGAGAAACACCCCCCUUUUAGCCUCUGAGGAAGACCCUAAUGACGAUAACAAGUUCUGGACAAGGUGGAGCGGCCCAGGGAUCCUGGGGCCCCACCGCACCUCCCAGGCGGGCCUAAGUCCAGAUCCCCUAAGUCCUCAGCCGGUUCUUUUACUUGACACAGAAACAUCCCCAGACACCAGGGGAAUCAACCCAGUGGCUGGCUCUCAAGUCUCUCCCCAUGUGCUGUAUUUACUGGAAAACCUGGACACCAAGGAAACAGACAUCAUCGAUUUUAACAAUGAGCAAACAGAGGAAUCACCCCAAGGAACGCCAGAAAGUUCCAGGACCUGGUUCUAGCCCAGAUUCAUACUUUCCCAGAAGUUACGCAUUAGUUAUAUAAUAUGACUGGAGACUGGCAAUUUUUUUAAAAAACCAUCAUAGUGUACAAGCUACUCAAAACUUUGAAGGGCAUUAAGAUCCUGACUUUGGAGAACUGAGAAAAUCAAACACAUUCAUGUCAUCCAUCCCAAAGUAACUUCCAUGGAAGUUACAUAGACCAUAGUGAUAUAGACCAUUAGCUCUAGAAUCAGCCUCCAUAGGCCCAUAGUCUAAUCCCUUAGCUUUGCCAACAGGGAGACAAAGGAGUCUCUUCCCCUUGCUUUUUUUUUUCCUUCAAUCAGAGACAGGGAGGUGGAUCAUGUAAUGCCUCAAAAGCCCCAUCCUCAUUACGAUUCUUUGAGGCUGUCUAGCCAUUCGCACUCCCAUUUUUAUAGCUACUGUCACUUCCUAAUAUUUAAGCUUUCUCUGCAUCUGGAAGCUCCACCUAUCCUCAAUUUCAUUUUCUACUUUCAAGACUUCACUAUGCUCUCUUCUCCCUCUAUUCUCUCAUCCUUCUGUCCUUCCUGCUACUCUAACCUGCCCGGCCUUUCAGCUUACAGUAUUUUCUCUUGCCAACUCCGUUGCCUACUUCUUACCAUGGUUUUCAAAUAUGAGCCAUCGGGAAGGGCCCUGCAGAGGAGUCAAAGCUGGCAAACCAGCCGCACCUGCCGUCCCGCUCACAGAAGGGGCUGGGAGCUGAUGGGCCCCACCAUGUGCUCCGCAGCUGUUGCUCUACCUUCCUGCAUCCACUCUUUAGUCUUGAACCCUGGGGAAACAUGAAGUCAAGAGGACAUGGAACCAAAGAAUAAUGAGGCUUGAAUGCGUUUAACUCAAACUCUUAGAGCAAAACUCCCAAGGUCACAGCAUGGGACCAUUUCCUGCAUCUGCCAUGUUGUCUGGGUCGAGGUAGGAUAUUGGAGCUGGGAGGAGAAGGGGCCCAGGGCUGCACAAUGCAGAUGGGACGCUCACAGCUCCCUCUGAGAGUUCUUGGGGCAGCAGCUGUUUACUGAGGCCUUCCAACUUCACCUUGUGAGUGUUGCUCAAUCCCUGUCAUGUGAUGCAGCUCUGGCCUCAGAAAUAAAAUAACCUUAAUUGCUGACAUUUUUGAGUGCUCACAGUUCCAGGCAGCAGUGUGUGAUGCUCACAGAUGAUCUCACUAAUCGUCACAGGAAUCCUACAAGUUGAUGUCCUCAUACCUCCAUUUUAAAGAGGAAGAAUAUGGCCUUUGGAGAAGUACAGCAUUGUGACUAGAACCACAUAGCCAAGAAGUGGCAGAGCCCAGAUUCAAACCCAGGCUUGGGACUCAAGAGCCCUCACUCUGAGCCAGCAAGCCCUCUCACUGGACUGUGUGUCAGGCCUUGACUUGGCCAGUAGUCUGCCCGGAACCCUACCCCCAAGGGAGCCAUGCCUAAACCUCUCCAGUCUGGAGGCCCCUCUGUGUCCUCCCUGUUUGGGUCUGCCUGCGCCUCUUAUGUGCACAGGAGGGCACUGCUCCACCUUUGAGCCCAAACACAGUUCUCUCAAAUUUUCUGACCAAAGAAAAUUGGCAGGGCCUCUCCCUCCCUCCUGCGUACUCCUCCUGUUACGCAAUGUUAUAAUCAGCACAUGUUUACAGAUAUCGCAUCCAAUGAACCAUCCCAGCUGCAAUAUUUACUUGAACUAUUGUUUCUCAAAGAAACUAAGAGGAAAUCUUAUUGGAAGAAAUGCUGUACCCUGAUGGUUCUCUGCAAAGGUGCGAGCCUGUGGGAAGACACUGGUUUUCUCAAAGCCUUCCAUACAGAUGGUACCAUGAAGCUCAGUAUAAAAUGCUGAAAGGCAGGCCCCCUAGCCUCCCCCUGCCUCCUGUGCUAUGUUCUUGGCUGUUUCAGCCUAAGUCCUCUGUUCUCUUCAGUUUUAUCUACUGCUCGGAUUCAAAUACUUUUCUACUUAGCUGCUUUUGAAAUAUAAUCAGUUUGUGUUCCUAAGUCCAAGUGAGAAAUGGUACACAAGUAGAAUCAUACAUUUGUGGAGGACCAAGAGAGUGUCCAUGUACCUCUGCUACCAUCCAUUCCUUAGGCACCUUUGUCCAGAAAUUUAUUUAAGUUCCUCAAUAUUUCAUCAAAAUCUAAGGUGGCCUCCCAUUUCCUCCCUGCACUGAGAAAUGAAUAAUGACUUGUUCAAUGAGCCCCUGUGGUUCAAUUCAGCUAUAAAUUCAAGCCAGCAAUUGCCCAGCUCACAAGAAGAUAUUCUCUAGUUAUUUGAAAAUGAGUUUUUACCCAACAUAGACCAAAUGCUAAAACAAAAUGCUUUCUUCCCAGGUGCCUGAUUUCAUUGCCUGCCUGGCCCAUUUUCUCCUGAGCUCUGGAAACUUCUACCCCUGGAUGAAUGGUCCCAUGACCUGGUGGCUUGUUCAUUGCAAGGACAGGCUCUGUUCUGCAUGAGAUGUAAUCCAAAAGCCAGAAGGUACAAAGAAGCUGACCCCUAUUUGCUGCAAGCUCUCUCUGCCCACUAGGGACAACUCUGCCCUGACACCAGCGUCCACAGGUCAGGAAAAGCAAAGGCCCACAAGCUUUUUCUCAGACAUCCAAGAAUUUGGGGGAUGACUGGCCCCCCACAAAACAACGAAGGCUCUUCUCUCUGCAUCUGUAAAUGUCCUGUGUGCUUCCUGGCUCACCACCACUCCCACUCCAGGCAUCCACUUUCAGCCCAGCUCAGCUAAACUAUGGAAAACAUAUUUUAAAUGGAAUAGAGAAAUGGUAACUUUACCAUUAAAGAAAAGACUCCCUUAAACAUACAUCCUCUUUUUCAGUGUUUUCCCCCUCUGGCUUUUUCUCCAGAGAAAUUAAGUCAAUCCUCAGUCAUUAUUCUCAGGCCUUUUCUUCAUAAACUCUGCUCCCCAAGAACUUGCUGAGCCCAGGCAGCCAUGGGGCAUAACAGCAAGGACUACAAACCAGCCUGUGACUUCCCUCCAAGCAGCUUUAUGAACUUGAACAAGGCCUCGUCCCUCUGAAUCUCAUCUGCUCAUGUGUGAAAUGGGCUUUCCUCUGCACCAGCUCCCUGGCCAUUAGGAAGCUCAAAGGUGUUGAUGUGGAAAGGCUGGGCUGGGGCCCCAGUUCACACUGUCUGGGGGACAGCAUGACUGGGAUGGAUCAUCUCCGGCCUCACCCCAGCUGCAGGAGAAGAACUCAUGCCCUCCCCUUCAGUCAUCUGCUUGCAGGAUCCCCUUAUUCUCCAGGACUGCUGCCUCUUUCAUUCAAAAAGCUUGUCAUUUCUCUUUUGGCCUUAUUUUGUAUGCUCUUUCAUCUGUUUCUGAGGAUCUGCCACCUCUUCCUUCUCUCUAGCAUUUUCCAUCAUUCCCUCGUCUCUCACCAUAUCCCAGGUCUCAUCCCCCAUGGUGACCAGCUCCUCCCCAAACCUGGUAUAUAUGUAUCAAUCUCCUCAAUCAAAAUAUGGAAUGAGAGAAAAAUGAAUUGCUCUUCCUCUUUCCGCUAUAAUUCUAGGGGAUUAGCACUCCUGGCUCAAAGUCAGAAGACCCUCUUAGGGUGUCUGAUCUUCCUAAACUUGCUCCUACGGCCACUGAUUAGGAACAACUACAGCUGUAAAAAUUCCCAAGCAAAAGCCAAAUUCAAAUCCAGUUUCUCCCGUCCUUCCCUCAUCGUCACCACCAUCGCCGACAGAAUCCACGGCAAGCAUUUCCUGGGGUGCAGAGUAUCAACAGUAACAGCCAAGGAGUUUCCUCAUUUCUUCCUCUUGGACUAUCUCAGGAACAUCCUCAGUCCCUUCACCCGCUGUUUCCUUAGUUCUAUGAACCCUGGUUUUUAGGACAGUCUUUCCCACUGAAAUGGCCAUUGAGUCAAAAGAAACAAUUUCAGAAUGCCAGGAUCAUUCUCUUACUGAAAAUCUUAGAAAACCCGGAAGCCAGAGCUUAAGACGCAGGACCCCAGCGAGCAUUUGCUUCUGCCCAAACUCCACUCUCCCUGCUGCCCCUCUGCUGUGUGUGGCCAGGUCCCCCCUGGCCAAGGCAGGUGGAAAAAGGAAGCAAAUACCCUGGAAAGUAGAGCAUGAAACCAUACUUGCCCUGAUUACUCAAUUUACGCAGACUGAAGAUUGAGUUCUGUGUUCUGUUUGGUUUUGUUUCAGAACUAAUGCAGAAAAUAGGCCCAAGCCCCCCUUUCACCACAGGUAGAUUCGGCCAGAUUAUUUCCUGGAACCACUUCACUGAGCUUCAAGUUUUAAACAUUUCCCCAAAAGAGUGAGUGAAGGGAAUAUUGUAUCUUGUAUCCUAAAAACAAGUAAAAGCAUUUCUAAAAUAGAUUUUGUGCAGAAAUGCCACUGUGCCCCAGGUUGUUUGUCUAGGUUGGCAGUGCUCAGGGGACAUUUUGGGUUGUCACACUGGGGACUGUGACUGGCAUCUAGCAGGUAGAGGCCAGGGGUGCUGCUUGAUAUCCUGCAAGACCCCACCACAACUACUGGGCCCCAAAUACCGAGCUGGGGACCUGAUUCAGGCCAAUAAAAAAAGUAAAAAUGAGACAAGCACCCAGGAAAUCAAUGAAGAGAAAUAAGAGAGAAAAAAACUAGAAGGGAACAAGGGAACCCAGAAACUGGCUAGAUUCCUAUUCUGUGCCCAGGCUGUGAGCUAACCGCCAUUUCUCCCUGAUGCUAAAAGGAUCUGAUUGGCCACAUCCAGAAAAACAGGAUGUGAGCCCAGAGGUGCACCCUCAGAGAUCUCCUGGGAUGGCUCUUACAGCAAGAGUAGUUCAGCACCUUUGUAAGCCUAAGAGUGUAGCUUACAUAAAAGGUAACAAUCAUAUACCAAAUAUUGUACAAGAACUUGCGCCAAUAAGCUGCUAGACAAUGGAGAGCCAUCUUACCCAGUGUCAGCCUUUAUAUAGUCUUACUUAGGACCAAACCAAUAAACCAUACCUUCUUGAGAAAUAAUUCAGCAUUUUAUUUUUUACAGAAGGAAUUUUUUAGAAGGAAAUAGUUAUGGUGGGUAGGAUCAGUCUAUCUCCUCCCUGCGGGCCAAGCACCUCCAAGAGAGUACAGCAGGGAACUGGCACUGUCUCGGAUGAUGUCACCAGCUGGACUUCUACUCAUAGUCAUCCAUCAAAUAUGAAGCAUUAUCGGGGUCGGGUGUUCAGCUGAAGGUGGGUGGGUGGGAGUUGCGCCCUUCUGCCCACCUGCCUGACCUGUCACUCCUCUGCAGGGCUGUGUCAAUAACAAAUGCCCUCAGAAGCUGAGCUGAUUGGUUCGUUGCUUUCCUUUCAUCCCCAGUCCCGUUCCCCCUCCCAACUAUUCUAAUUUGUUUAAUGUAAAGCCCUUUGUUUCUAUAUGUUCUUACAAAACAUGUAUUACUGCUUUGGUUACUGGACCCUACAAACUCCAAGGGGAAAAGCACUUUGCAAGCAAAGGAUCAGUCUCAUUUGUUUCCUAAAAAAAACAGAAUUCAAUCACUUUCAUCACUAAGGAAAGUGAGAACACAAGCAGAUUCACCUCCCUUCCCUGUGAACUUGCUCCUCCUGGCCCUGAUUCAGAGGCUGUGAGGAUCCUGCUACUUCCGUCCAAAGAAGAAGGUGCAGGUAUAGCUGCCAGAGGUCAGAUGGGUAACGCCAUUCUCAUGGGUAUAGUGGGGCACUUGCCCACCUGUCUGAGGAGGCAGCCAUGCCACUUCCACUGGGACGUGAGCUCCAUUCACUGUCUUAUGCAAUCAGUGUACCCCCCUUGCUUAGGACAGUGCCCAACAGGGAGGGAGGAUGGAAGGAAGGGAGAGAAACCAAAUUAGAUAUAGACC